UCUCGCUCAUACUUGUAUCAGAGGAUGUUUUCAUUACGUAAGGUUCAUAAAACAACCUACAUAAGUUUUGGCUUGUGUGUUCAGAUGACUACCAUGAAGAUCAAUAGUUCUUAAUGGAACCUAACAAAGUGUAUAUUAUUUACAAUUAUUUAUUUAUUAGAUAGUGAGGGAUGAGGGAUAAAAAUAUGUCUGAAAAUUCGAAAACACUUGAUCAUACGAACGAAGGAGAUUAUGGCGGAAACAUUUCAUUAUAUAAGGAGAAGAUAACUCGUGGUUGCUAUAUCAAAGCGAGGCAUGUACUGCUGAUGAUGUCAUGUAUUGCCAAGUUCAACUUAUUUUCGCUGAGAAACAAUCUCAGUAUUGCUAUUGUGGCCAUGGUAAAUCACACGGAAAAGACAACAAAAAUCAACUCCUCUGAUUUUUGCCCGGAUCGCGGAAGUUCAGAAAUCCCCAAAAAUGAGAAUGGAGUGUUCGACUGGGAUAUAUGGCAGGAAACUUUGCUAUUGGGAAGUUAUUAUUACGUAUACCCAUUUUCCAAUAUUGUCGGAGGAUAUUUGGCAAAAAGAUUUGGAGUUAAACUUGUUUCCGGAAUGUCUAUGCUUUUUUCAUCUAUUCUUACAAUAUUAAUCCCACUGAUUGCCAACUCGGGCUUUGGUAUGUUUGUGGCUGCAAGGAUACUACUUGGAACACUACAGGGACCAAUUGCGCCAUCUGUACAUUCAGCUAUAGGACAAUGGAUACCUCCAUUGGAACGCUCAGCAGCAGUUGCUAUCGUUUCCUCCGGAAACAGUAUGGGACCACUACUCACUUUUCCUGUAGCAGGAAUAAUAGCGGAUCAACUAGGAUGGGAAGCAGUUUUUUAUACAACUGGAGGUGUUGCAUUACUAUGCUCAUUGCUGUGGUUUGCUAUCAUUCAUGAUUUACCAUGUGACCAUCCAAGAAUUUCAGAAGAAGAAAAAUCGUAUAUUGAAAAGGCAAUGGAAUCGAGUCAAGAGAUAGCUGACGAACCAACUCCGUGGAAAUCGAUAUUUGUGUCAAUUCCAGUUUGGGCCGCAGCCAUAGGAUUUUUUGCCAGUAACUGGGGAUUGGUUACGUGUAUUUUACUGUUACCAACCUACAUGUCUACAAUACUACGAUUUGACCUUGCUGCGAGUGGAAUUCUUUCAGCUCUUCCCUAUUUGCUGCAGAUCGUAACAAUACUUAUAGCUGGACAUUUUAGUGACGUUAUUCGCCGACGACGUAUUGCAAAAACCGUUACAGUGAGAAAAGUAAAUUCGUUCCUGAAUCUCAUUAUUCCGAGUAUAUUCAUUGUACUGGCUGGAUACAGUGGUUGCAAUGUUGUGGCAGCGGUUGGAUUUUUCAGCCUGUCGAUAGCUUUCCUAGCAUUCAAUGCCACCAGUCACGAAGCAAACAUUAUUGAUGUAGCACCAAGAUAUAGUGGAAUAACUUGCGGUAUAGUCAAUGCUCUUGGGAAUAUUCCUGGAUUUCUUGCGCCUCAAAUGGCCGGACUUAUUCUUGCUAAUGGUCAAACAAUCGAGCAAUGGCAACAUGUGUUUUGGAUGUCGGCUGCUGUUGCUACAAGUGGAUUCGUAUUUUUUGCCAUUUUUGGUUCUGGAAAAGUACAACCAUGGGCACAUUCCUACGACGAUAAUGGGACUAAAAACUCGCGACACAAAGCUAAUGAGCGAACAGAACUUCAAACGACAAUCGAUUGAAGGUGCUGAAACCUGAUCCAAAACUUUGAGCUUGGUGCAAUAUAUUUUACGUAUACAUAGACAACACGAGGAAUUGCGUUACAGGUUAAUUUUAUCGAGCGUGGCCUAAAGAUGACGGAUCUCUCGUCCAUGAAAAUGAGAGAACUGUGAUAAACUAAACCUUAUGAUUCGGUGAGUUUGCUGAGUCAGAGCAAUAAAUAAUCUCCCACUAUGCUGUAACUGAUUACCCAACUUGACACAUUUUGGCUUGUUCAAUUAUCAUGAUGCAGAAAUAUGAACCUCAUAUUGAAAUAUACAUGUACUUUUAAUUUUUUUUUA